AAAAAUUUCCAGCGCAGACAGAGGCUCGUACAUUUUUUUAGUUCGUCAGUGCAAAAUUUUCAGAGAUGUUGGGUUUCGAUGACUGCGGGAAGCUGCUGAGACUGAUCAAUGGCGGAGAGGAGAAGACAAUCGAAGAAAUCAUGGCGGAUUUCAACGCCAAUUUUCCUACUUCUAAUCACUUCUACGCCUGCUCCGCCCUCGAAUUUCUCACGACAAACCCCAAGGAAAAUCUUCUUAGUCCAACUCAGCGGUUGAUUGCAUUUGCAAUUAUGUAUCAGGCAUAUGCGUCACAACAGCCUUCUUCAAACCCUUUCAUUUCAAAGCUUGUCAAUGCAGCAUGUGACGAGGAAGCUGAAAAGUAUGAAAGAGCAUUUGUUCUUCAAUUGUUAGGCUCUUCAAGCACGACGAAUAGCAGAGAGCUUCUCAAGCAAUCUGCAGCAGAUUACAUAAGAAACUUUGACGUUUCAUCAAUUUCAUUUCCCCAACGCGAGCACAUGCAGCAACAAUACUGUGGCAAAAUUCAACCAGAACCAUUUAAAUGUUUGUUCAAGGACAAGUCUGUGAAAAAUAUAAUAGCUGAUCCUGAUUUGCCCCUCGGAUGUAAUAGUAAUUCACUCGAGUUUGAUGAACAACCUGGAGUUACAUCUAAGAUUGGAUCUGGGAACAAGGAUGAAACUAUAGCUGGGUUAUUAUCGUCUUUUUCACUAGAGGGAAUAGGUCCACAAUGGAUCAGGCCAUUCCCUCCAAGGUUUCCAGUAAUGGAUGGAGAGCUAUUGUGGCUGAACCCCGAUAUCAACCAUGAACUUUUGUGGGACUAUGGGAUGUGCGCUGAUACUAGUAGAGGAGCAGCAGUUAGAGAUUUGAUUGCAAAAGCUUUGAAGGGUCCACUUGUUCCUCUGCAACAAGAGCAACUUUUGGUGGAGUUAGCGAAGGACCCGAAGCUUGUAUAUCAUUGUGGGUUGACACCUAAAAAGCUUCCAGAUCUAGUGGAGAACAAUCCUAUGAUUGCAGUUGAAGUUCUUAUUAAGUUGGUGAAUUCACCUGAAAUAUCAGAAUACUUUACAGUUCUCGUAAAUAUGGAGAUGAGUCUUCACUCCAUGGAAGUUGUUAACAGGCUUACCACUACCAUUGAACUACCUACUGAGUUCUUACACACUUACAUCUCAAAUUGUAUAAGUGCUUGUCAGGGCAUCAAGGAUAGGUAUAUGCAGAACAGACUUGUGCGAUUGGUUUGUGUCUUCCUGCAAAGCUUGAUCCGUAACAAAAUAAUUAAUGUUCAUGACAUCUUCAUCGAAGUUCAAGCAUUCUGCAUCGAGUUCUCGCGGAUUAGAGAAGCAGCAGGGUUAUUUCGGCUUCUUAAAACCUUGGAGUAGUUGUUCGUUUAUAACUAACUCAUCGUCAUAUAGUGGCUAUAAUGAAGACACAUAUAUAGAGAUGGUUGGCUGUAUUUUUAUUUUUGUACUAGAAUAUCCUCUUUAUGAAAAAUGAACAUAUGCUUGUAGGAUUGGGAUAUUCAGUUUCUUUUUCUUGACAUAAGAAAUCCAAUGUGAUUAGAUUAGCCUCAAUGAACCUUGGUGAAAUUCAUGGGUGGAAAUUUAUGCUUUAUUUUGCUCAAAAUUGAUUAUCUAUUUAAUUUAAUUGGAUAUUAGGGAAUGGAUGAAGUUACAGUAGGAAUGACAAUUUCAAUAUUUA